AUGGCCGUCACGACGAAGCUUUUUCAUAAGGCAUACCAUGCAGGCCUGAUGGACCUUCCUGAUACAUUUUGGAUGGAAGCGCGGCAUGUGGUGUACCCUGAGAAAGAGACUGUCAAGACCAUGACCGACGAAGAGUUCAGUGGCAUCCUGGAAAACUUUUUCCGCAAGGGGUCUACUUGGACAUUGUAUCGAGCUUACCGUACCCUGAGUGACUCGGCAAUGAUGCUGCCAAUCAGCCGGCUGAUGUGUAGAGAAGUGAAGUGGGCAGGGGCCGAUGGGGCUAAAGGGGUGGACAUCGAUUUUGCUUCCGGGGCAUCGGAACAGGGUGGCCAUCGGCUUCGCUUCGUGGUGGCGGGGCAGCUGCUGAUCACUUUGAAGGCUUCACUUCGCUUGGAGCCUCUCUUCCAGAGGCUACAAUCAACUUUUGGUGCAGCUGCUGCACUUCCUGCACAGGCUCUGGACUUCGGCUCGGUGCAGGGCGACAAUCAACUUCACGUCGAUACUGGUUUUGGCCAGCUCUACACUGCACAGGUGGUGGUCUACUUCAACUUCAACUUCGAUACUGGUUGUGACCAGCUCUACGUUGCACAGGUGGUCUACUUCACUUCGAUACUGGUUGUGAGUGGUGGUCUACUUCAACUUCGAUACUGGUUGGGACCAGCUCUACAUUGCACAGGUGGUGGUCUAGUUCACUUCGAUACUGGUUGGGACCAGCUCUACAUUGCACAGGCGGGAAUCUACUUCAUAUCGGUGCUGGUUGGGGAGAGAACUUCACAGGUGAUCACUACAUCCACGGAGGGCAUGGGUCGUCGAGAGCCCAGGCGGUUCCCUACUCCGGCUGCCUUCGUGCCCCUGCUUGUUUGCUUCCACGGAAAUCCGGGUGAGACUUGCAUCUGCAGCCAGAAGUCCCUCAAGCUCAACAAAUCUGUGAUGCUAGCAGUGGCUUCGGUUCUCGGUCCACAAUCUCCGCACAAGCUGGGCCUCAAUGUGGGGCCACUGAAGAAAGAGGCCAAGCAGCUUCGCAAUGACCUCGGCAUGGCAGAAGACCCGGCCAAUGUGCACUGCGAGGGGCACGCGAUAAAGGGCUUCCAGACGUUGAUCAACAAGCGAUUGUUCACUUCGAGGAAGAAACGAGAUGCGACGCUUGAUGAUCUCUAUGCCGUCUACCGCCAAUACUGGACCCCUACUGCAGAGGAGAUAGAGAAGCAGGUGGCUGUGGCUGGCGAUGAUGAGCUUGAGGAAUAUGAUUACGAGGAGGAGGGUGGCGAGGAGGAGGCAUUACAGGAGGAUGCCUACUUCGAGCUUGAUUCUGCACCUCCCAGUGGCAUGGUGUCGAGUUACCUUGACAGCACAUUGUUCAAUUCGCACUUGUCGCCGGUGAAGCCCAGGAAGCAGAUCGCAGAAAAGAAAGCAGCAGCUGCUCCAGCACCGGCAGCCAAAGGGCCCAUCGACCCCAGCGAGGAGGAGACACAAGCUCCCGUGGCUUCCAAAGGUGGCAAAGGCCACGGUGCAAGCACUCUUGGGAAGGUGGCUGGGAAUCCUGAAACUUUGAAGGUUGAUGGGCUGAAGGAGCCCGCACCCAAAACCGGCGAACAGCCCGUAUUGAAGGAGAUCACAGAGCAGGCCGUGCCGGCCCCCGAAGCCCCGCAGCCCGAAGCCAAGGCUACAACCCCCGAAUCGUCGCAAGCUGCAGCCAACAAGUUUGUGGAGUCGCCCCUGCCCGUGAACCAGCCGGACCCCUUGCCUCAAGAAGCCGCUGCUGCUGAAGCCGAAGCCAAAGCAGUGGCCACGAAUCCUGAAGCUUUGAAGGAUGGCGAACAGCCCGACUUGGAGGAGAUCGCAAAGCAGGUCGUGCCGGCCCCCGAACCCCCGCAGCCCGAAGCCAAGGCUACAGCCCCCGAAUCGUCGCAAGCUGAAGCCAACAAGCUUCCAGUGGAGCCGGCCCUACCCAUGACACAGCCGGACCCCUUGCCUGAAGAAGCCGCUGCUGAUGAAUCCGAAGCAGAAGCAUCCGACGCCAGCGAGCUCGAUCUUUUCGAUGCCCAGGACAUCUUGAAGAGACGGGAGCAACGUGCUUACCAGGAGAAGCUGUCGGCUACGCCGGACGAGCCAAGUGAAGCCAAGGCCCAAAGGGGUCGAGGUCGGGGACGCGGCCGGGGACGAGGUGCCACGGCGGUCCUCAAGCGACCGAGUGCAAGGCAGAGCCAUGCUGAGUGCAUCAGCACUGACGAGAAGAAGGAUCAGAAGAAUCAGAAGCCCAGGCCUAUCGCCACCCCGCAGACGAAGCCCGGUAAGACUGGUAAGAAAGCCCCGGCCGAGAUCGCAGAGCUUCCUUCCGAAGAGAAGCCGUACAAGAAACCACGAACAUCCGAGGUGAAGCUUCCUCCUUCCGAAGAGAAGCCAUCUAAGAAAGCACGAACAUCCGAGGUGAAGCUUCCUGAUGCCGACAAGAAGCCACGCAAAUCCAAGGGUGCUGCCAGCGAGGACAAGAAGACCUUUGCAAGGCGGUAUUGUCCGGCGGAGGGACGAGGCCGUGAGAAGUGGCUGGCUUUGAAGGAGGUCUUUGAGUUGGAGCUCGCCCCCAAGUUUCGCUUCCCGGGCAAAUACGAG